AUGAACGAACCAGUACACAUUCCACGGGAGGAUCAAUCCAAGGACAUCAUGAAGCAGCGAGUCCUUUUGGCCCUCGCCAAUUUAAUCACUUCUUACACAUCUUUCCUAACAGCCACAGGGGCAAAAAUCUCGACAAGACAGAGAACGCAAAGCAACAAUCACAGCAACAUCAGCGAACUACUGGACAAUCUGCUUCGCGGUUACGACAACAGCGUCAGACCAGACUUCGGUGGGCCACCGGCCACCGUUGAGGUCGACAUCAUGGUACGCAGUAUGGGUCCGAUAUCGGAAGUCGAUAUGACAUACUCGAUGGAUUGCUACUUCCGGCAGUCGUGGGUAGAUCGACGUUUGGCUUUUCAAGGCGGCAAGGAGACACUGGCGCUCAGCAUAUCGAUGCUGGCGAGAAUCUGGAAACCGGAUACGUACUUCUACAACGGGAAACAUAGCUACUUGCACACUAUAACCAGCCCGAACAAGUUCGUCAGACUCUAUCAAGAUGGCAGAGUUCUUUACAGUUCGAGACUAACCAUCAAGGCAGGGUGUCCAAUGAAUCUUGAAAAUUUCCCAAUGGAUACGCAAAGGUGCCCAUUACAAUUUGGAAGCUUCGGUUACACGAAGCGGGACGUGAUCUACAAAUGGAACAGCGCGCGACAAGUAGCAAUCGCCGAGGACAUGAAAUUAUCCCAAUUCGAUUUGGUUGCCAAUCCGACUGCAAAUUAUUCUGCAUCGUCGACGCUUCCUCAAGCGGACUAUUCAAUGCUGCUUGUGUAUUUUCAUUUACAAAGGCACAUGGGUAAUUUUCUCAUACAAGUAUACGGACCCUGCGUUCUGCUGGUGGUCCUCUCCUGGGUGUCAUUUUGGUUAAACCGUGAAGCCACUGCUGAUCGCGUGUCACUCGGAAUAACGACCGUGUUGACGAUGACGUUCCUGGGACUGGAGGCACGCACCGAUCUCCCGAAAGUUCCUUAUCCCACUGCCCUGGACUUCUUUGUGUUUCUUUCGUUCGCGUUCAUAUUUGCCACCAUUAUACAAUUCGCGGUGGUCCACUACUUCACGAAGUACGGUUCCGGAGAGUGUUAUUUUAGAUCCGAUCUGAGCGAGAGCGAAAGUUCCAGCGAAGAAGAGGAAGUCGGUGCACGACUAUUAGAGAAGGAACAGACGACGCAGGUGCACAGAAAAGCCUCGAUUACUCCAGCAUCCAGACGACAUCCUAGUCGUAGUUUCACAAUGAGCGAAGACGGUAUGAUCGAGGUGAUACCAUUAUCCGCGAUCCCAGUGCCCAGUAAGGAUUCUAAUGUCGGACACUGGCCGAUCUCCUGCGUGACAUGCAGUCCUCCACCGCCACAACCGCCACCGAUAAGUAAAACAUCCAGCAGCAGACGUCGUAGGAGAACACCUAGGUACAACUCCGUGUCGAAGAUCGAUCGCGCGAGCCGCGUGGUGUUCCCUUUAUUUUUCUUAGCGAUCAACGUGUUCUAUUGGUACGCGUACUUGUCGCGUAGCGAGCGUAUAAACUAUUAUAACGCAAAUUCGUACAACACGUGA